AAAGGCGGAUGGCGGAGGAAGACGUCAGCUGACCCGAAAGCAUAAGCAAGCAAUGUCUUCCCGUCCACAGGGCUUUGGACCUGUCUUCUUUGAAUGAGCCUCGCCAAGAAAAUCACUUCGGAAACCUGGCAUCCUCAAAAACAUGAUAUUGGCUGAAGUCAAUUUACAGAAACAGUUGGAUCAACGGCAUGGAGAGCGGCCCGGCGGGUCCCUCGGCCGAGAAGAAAACCACCACUGGAAAAGUUACAAGUUGAUUAUUGACCCGGCGCUGAAGAAAGGCCAGCACAAACUCUACCGCUACGAUGGGCAGCACUUCAGCAUUCCUAAUCCCAGUCUGGCUCCCGUGGAGUGCGUGGAGGACCCCAGGAUAGGACGCAUAUGGACCAAAACGAAAGAACUGGAGCUCUCCGUCCCGAAAUUUAAGAUCGAUGAGUUUUACGUGGGGCCCGUGCCUCCCAAGCAAGUCACUUUCGCCAAGCUGAAUGACAACAUCCGUGAAAACUUCCUGACCGACAUGUGCAAAAAAUACGGCGAGGUGGAAGAAGUGGAGAUUCUGUACAACCCCAAGAACAGGAAGCACCUGGGCAUCGCCAAAGUCGUCUUCGCCACCGUCAAAGGUGCCCGGGAAGCCGUUCAGCACCUGCACAACACUUCCGUCAUGGGGAAUAUCAUCCACGUGCAGCUGGAUACAAAAGGUGAGAAGCGCAUGCAUUUUUAUGAGCUCCUUGUGAACGGGCUCUACACUCCGCAGACUUUGCCAGUGGAGACUGAACAAGACGCAUCCCCCACCCUCAGCGAGACCCUGCAGCUGGCCGACACUCUGAAACGGCUCAAGGACAGCGGUCUUUCUUCGGCAGGAUCCUCCACCACCCCAAACAGCAGCACCCCGUUUUCCCACGACACGGCCUUUUCCAGUUGUCGACAGGACACCCCCAACUCCUACAGCCAGUUCACCCCCCAGUCCCAAGGAACGCCUCUGACCCCACGUGUGGGGACCCCCUUUUCCCAGGACUCCGCCUACUCUAGUCGACAGACCACGCCGGCCUACCAUUUUGGACAGGACUCCAGCUACAAACCCCGGAGGCACGAAACGAAAUUCACGGAUGCUUAUAACCGCCGUCUGGGCCACCACUACGUGCAUAACUCAGCCGGGACUUUCCGAAGCUCCGAGCAUCAGUUCGGCGCCUUCAAGUCCCAUCAGCCGGAAACGGUGCAAUAUCCCCAGGCGUCUCCCGUGAGUCACUCGGGUGCUUCGACGUACAAAUCCGCCUUCUCCCCCUACCAAGCCCCAGCCACGUACCCCCAGCCCGAAGAGCCCCAAUUUUCUCAAACGUCCCGGGAAGUGGAAUACCGGCGGCCCCCACCCCCACCCCCCGCCGAGGUGACCGUCGAAAGUAGCGCAGCUCCUCCUGCGGAAUUCGUCCCUGCGAAGGACAAACCGGAGGAGCCCCCUCCUCUUCCUCCUCCGCCGCCCCCGGAGCCCGACAGUCUUAAUGAGCCUUCCUCUGUGGGGCCGUCUUUCGGCCAGACUCCAGAAGGGAGCGAGACGCCCGGCACCCCAACCGUAGAAUCGGAAAGUCAGCCUAACAGUUUGGACUCGAGGAUCGAAAUGCUUUUAAAAGAGCAGAGAACAAAACUCUAUUUUCUCAACGAGCACGACUCGGACAAUGAGAUACGAAUGGAAGGCAGUCCCAUUUCCUCGUCCUCUUCCCAGCUUUCCCCGAUCCCAAACUCGCAGCCCAACUAUAGAGCGCAAACCCCUUCCUCGCGCCCUUCCAGCACCGGCUUGGAAGACAUCAGCCCAACCCCGUUGCCCGAUUCGGAUGACGACGAGCCCAUCACCGUGGUAGCUUCUGCCUGCCAGAACUCGAGAGGGGCAGCUGAGGCGAGUGUCACACCUGUGGACCAGCUCAACAGGACUUCCAAAUCGGAACCCUUGGAGGCUAAAGAGACGCAGCCGGUUGGCAGCAGCCCCGUGCCGGAAGAAAUGGAAGAGUGUCAUCAGUCUUCAGGGGAAGACAUGGAGAUCUCGGAUGACGAGAUGAGCGAAUCGCCCAGCGCGGAAUGUGCCAAGAACAUUGUCGUGAACACCUCCAUUGGCAACACCGCUGUGAUGACCUCCUCCAUCCCGAUGCCUCCGCCCGGCUUUCCUCCGCUGCCGCCGCCUCCGCCUCCCCAGCCGGUCUUCCCGAUGCCGCCUCCUCUUCCUCCCCCGCCUCCGCCCACCCACCCGGCCGUCACCGUCCCCCCUCCGCCCCUGCCGACCCCUCCGGGGGUCCCUCCCCCUCACAUCUUGCCCCCUCUGCCUCCCUUCCAUCCCGGGAUGUUUCCUCUGAUGCAGAUGGACAUGAUCAGCGUCCUGGGCAACCAGUGGGGGGGCCUGUCCAUGUCUUUCCAAAUGCAAACCCAGAUGCUCAGCCGCCUGAUGCAAGGGCAGAACACCUACCAGUAUCCCCCCUUCGUGAGCAACCGGAUGCAGUUUGUGAACCUCCCUCCCUACCGGCAUUUCUCCAUGGGGGCAGCUAUGAACCGGGGUCAGCAGUGGCCGCCUUUGCCCAGGUUUGACCCUUCCGUCCCCCCUCCGGGUUACGAGCCCAAGAAGGAAGAUCCGCACAAGGCCACGGUGGACGGCGUCCUCUUGCUGAUCGUGAAGGAACUCAAAGCAAUAAUGAAAAGGGAUUUGAACAAAAAGAUGGUUGAAGUGGUGGCGUUUCGGGCGUUCGACGAUUGGUGGGACAAGAAAGAACGUCUCGCUAAGGCAUCUUUGACCCCGGUAAAAUCUGGGGACCAUAAAGACGAGGAGAAGCCGAAACCAAAGGACCGCAUCACCUCCUGCCUUCUGGAGAACUGGAACAAAGGAGAAGGGUUGGGCUACGAAGGGAUCGGCUUGGGCAUCGGGCUGCGAGGGGCCAUCCGGCUACCGUCUUUUAAGGUGAAGAGAAAGGAACCACCUGAAGCUGCCUCAGCUGGAGACCAGAAGCGGAUUCGGCCAUCUACCUCCGUAGAUGAUGAAGAUGAAGAAUCCGAACGCGAUCGAGACCUGCCCGAUGCAGCCUUGGAGCUCUCCAGGAAAGAUCCGGAAGCUGUGGGCCUACGAAGAAGACCAGCCAGGCCACUGGAGCUGGAUAGCGAAGGAGAGGAGGAAGACUCUGGCAAGGAAGAGGAAGAAGAGGAGGAGGAAUCCUCUUCAGAAAAGGAGACAGAACGGGAGGAAGAGGAAGGAGUGAUGAAAUCCAUGUCCGAUAAGGAAGAGGAGGAAGAGGAAGAUGUCAACGAAGAAGAGGAGGAGGAGGAAGAGGAGGAGGAGGAGGAGGAGGACGAAGAGACCGAAGCACAGAUCAGUGAAAAGGAAGAGGAUCAAGAUUCUGAAGAAGCAGAAGAUCUAGGAAGCCCUGCCUCUUCCAGAGCAGAACUUGAGUCGUCCGAUGAAAGUGAGGAAUCCUCAGACUUCGGGACAAGUUCUGAUUCUGAUGAUGAAGAUGAAGAAGAGGAGGAGGAGGAAGAGGAGGAGGAGGAGGAAGAAGACGAGCAGGAGGAGGGUGAAAAUUACGAGGAGCAGAUGGAGGAUGAGGAGGGGGUCUCUUUAUCCCAUGAGAGGGAGACCUUGCCUGCUGAACUGGGCCUCGAGUCCCUCACUCCAGGGCUUGAAGAUGAGGAUGAAAAAGAGACCAUCUUAGAACUCUUCCCGGUAGAGGAGGACUACAUCCCCCUAGGCCUGGCAGAACCUUCGGCUCCAGAAGGAGAAGAGAUGAAAGAAGAUACCAGGCCAGCAGAAGAGCAGGACCAGGAGAUUCCCGAGGAGUCCUUGGCGUCCGAUGUGCUGGCCGUGAUCGAGAGAGCUCAGGAGGAGAAGCUCCGGCUAUCUCCAAUGUGUAUGACAGCGGAGGAGUCUGAACCAGACGUCGAACUGGAGCCUGAGAUGCUGGACGGUCCAAAACCAGAUGCCCAGGAGGGUGAAGGCCUCCGUCCUCCGACCCCCGUGGAACUCUUUGGAGAAGUCUUGUCUAACAAGACCUCCUUUUUCACUAAGCCCAGUGACAGCACUUUAGAAAUCCAAGCAAAAGGCAAAUCACCCUGCGUAGCUGAGGAGGAAGAGGAGGAUGAGGAAGAGGACCAGCUUCCUCGGACUCCCGGGAGGGAAGUGGUGACUCCCAUGGAGUCCACUGGGCUUCCUUUCACCGCCAUGCCGCCCUGCUCGCUUCCCCUGCCCUCUUCCGUCGCACCUCACAAAGAGGAAUACUUGCUCCUUCCGGACAAGUUCCCCGAUCACUUAGCCCCAAGCAAAACAGCACUAGAGGAGGAGCUGCCCCGGACGCCGGGACGGGAUAUUUUAGCCAAGUGUUCCCACAGCCUCUCCAAGUCCCACAGCACGGACACCAUCCCCGCCACGCCGGGGAGCGAAGCGCCUCUCACCGGAAGCAGCCUGACUCUGAGUUCUCCUCCGGUGUCAGGCAGCCCUUUCUCGUACCCGUCCCAAUCCCCCGGCAUCAACAGCGGGGGCAUUCCCCGGACCCCUGGGCGGGAUUUCACCUUCACACCCACAUUCCCCGAGCCUGGUGCUACUGCCCUCCCUUGCCUUCUGUCGAGCAAGAAGCCGUCGGAGGAGGAGCCCGAUGAGAAAGUCUUCAAAGAACCUCUCGGGGCUUCCUUGUUGGCUGGCGUGAACAGCGUGCCCUCCCCCAUCCCCUUUGCCAGCCCCCCUGUGCCGGCUUUUCACACCCACUUGGACUUAGCGCCCGGCCAGCCUCUCACGGUUCGUCCUUGCCUGUUCACGGACUCCAAGAUGGCGCUAGAGGAGUGCGGUCCAGACGCAAGGUCCAUCUUACCCUUCCCGGACAUCCCCAUGGCUUCGCCCCCUCUCCCUCCGCCCAGCCCCUCUUCCAUCCUCCCCAUCAAAAGGAAACCGGGCCGGCCGAAACGAGCUUCUCCUUUAGGACCCAUGUUGGAGGCCUAUUCGGACAAGCCCGUAGAAGCUCCACCUCUCCUUCCCAUUCCGGUGGCCUUGACAGAAAGUCCUGUGAACAAAGAGCUAUUUGGUAGCCAUCCCGAGGGUUUCUAUGCCCUCAAAGAUCCGGAAGCGGUCACCUUGGACUUCCGGAACGACGGUUUCCACGAGAGGUUGCCUCCCGACGUCCUGAUGGAGAAACUCCCCUUCAAGGAGCUGGAGAACCAGUGGAACGAGGACUUCAAAGAAGAAGAAGGCUACCUGAAAGCCAAAAGGCAACAGUGGAGGCGGCAGAAGAAGAGGCCCGACGAUGUCCCGCAGAUCCCUUCUCCCGACUACUCCCCCCCUCGGUUCCAAUUCCGGCCCCGCUCCGAGUUCGAGGAGAUGACCAUUCUGUAUGACAUCUGGAACGGAGGGAUCGACGAAGAGGACAUCCAGUUCCUCUGCGUCACCUACGAUCACCUGUUACAGCAAGACAAUGGCAUGGACUGGUUGAACGACACCCUGUGGGUGUACCAUCCUCCAACCAGCUUUUUCACCCCAAAGAAGAAGAAACGGGACGAUGGGAUGCGGGAACACGUCACCGGCUGCGCCCGAAGUGAAGGCUAUUACAAAAUCGACAAGAAGGACAAGCUGAAAUACCUCAAUAACAGCCGAGCGUUUGCAGAAGACCCUCCCACCGAUACGCAGGGAAUGAGCAUCCCUGCUCAGCUCCACGUUUCCACCCGGGCGGGCUCCGAGCGGAGGUCAGAACAGCGCAGGCUCCUCUCAUCCUUCACGGGCAGCUGCGACAGCGACUUGCUCAAAUUCAACCAGCUCAAGUUCCGGAAGAAGAAGCUAAAAUUCUGCAAGAGUCACAUUCACGACUGGGGGCUCUUUGCCAUGGAGCCCAUUGCUGCCGACGAGAUGGUGAUCGAGUACGUGGGCCAAAAUAUCCGACAGGUCAUUGCUGACAUGCGAGAGAAGCGGUAUGAAGACGAAGGCAUUGGGAGCAGCUACAUGUUCCGAGUGGACCAUGACACAAUCAUCGACGCAACCAAGUGCGGAAACUUCGCCCGCUUCAUCAACCACAGUUGCAACCCCAACUGCUACGCGAAGGUCAUCACGGUGGAGUCACAGAAGAAGAUCGUCAUCUACUCCAAGCAGCACAUCAGCGUGAACGAGGAAAUCACCUACGACUACAAGUUCCCCAUCGAGGAUGUCAAGAUCCCCUGCUUGUGUGGCUCCGAGAACUGUCGAGGGACCCUGAAUUAAGGGGGGGGAAAAAACACCCCGGUUGUGGGCCACGCAUCGGCGGCCUCCAGACUGCGGAACCCGAGGGCGUUUGGUUGCACUUUUGCCAAAAAAAGGAGGAAAAAAAAUGAAACCAAGUAGGGAAAAAAAAAGAAAAAUGGGAGAGUGGGGGGGAAAAAACCCCAACCCGCUAGGCACGUCCUCUCCUUCCCGAAGAAGACGCGCAAGUUUUAGACCCGCAAACUGGGACUUUUAUUGCUGCAGGUGCUUUUCAUCCAAUUUUCAUCCCAAUUCCUCGUCUUCUCCUGAGUUGUUCCAACAUCAAAACACUAUUUUUUUUAAAAAAAACAAAAAACAAAACCUCCCUGCCCACCUGCUCCGCAUCAGCCUAGCUCCAGUUGGGGUACAGCAAGGUAUUUUGUCUUUUCGUUAAAAACAUGACUUUCUUCGUAAGAUGCUGCUACUUUUCCUCGUUCAUUUACAGGUUUAGGAGGUGGAGGCUCCUUGGAGAGAGGCAGGGAGGGGGGCCAAGCGAGGAUUUUUCGAAGGUUGAAAAUGCAUCCAGCGGAGGCGGAGAGCGGGAUUCAAAACCCCAAUGCCACGUGGGGUUGUGGGUAGCCGGAGCUCUUAAGGAAUGUCCGGGUGAACGGGGGCCAUGGGGUAUGUAUGUGUGGGUGGGUCUCAUCCAAUCAGAGCCCUGAAAUCCUUGCUUGCUUGUGAGCGUUUCCAGGUAUAGGAUCAAGAGCAUCCUAGCCUCUGUUUUGAAAAGCUGAGAUUUUAUAUCUUUUCGUCCGUCACCAGCCUAGCCGUGCCUGAUGGUUUUGAAAGCAGAAAAGGUCCCUCCCUCUUUUGGAAGGGUCCACCAGGCCCUGCUGCCUGCCGGGAUACCCCUCGUUCCCUCUCAGCUGUCCCUUCCCAAGGAAUAGAGGAGACAAGGUAGACUCGACUCCUAGAGUGGCUCAGAACCCCAAAGCAAAAACUGCCGUUUCCUCCCUUGGGUGUCCCUCUUAAGCAAGUUAGUCUCGGUAGCCUAGAAGGACCGAGGUCUUGCUUGGCGGCUAAGCUGGCCUGGUAGAGGUCAGUUGGGCAGCUGCGAGGUGGCGCACUGGCUCUGUCCUCGUUGUACCACCACUUACCACUCCGGCAGGGCUGUGACAGCAAAGGCUCUUCAAACCGAUCUUCGACCACCUACCACCAACGGUCUCCAAGGCGGUCCUUGUAUAGAAAGCCAUCAGAGAAAUGGACGCCACUCUAGGACAGUAGCCGGGUUAGGUGCUGAAGGGUUGCUUUUCAAAUCAGGCCUGGGGGUUCUUAAAAAUCAAACUUGGGGCGCAAAUCUCAGGUUCUUAGCCCACCUGUGGCACCUCUUAGCCUUUGGUUGCACUUUCUGGCCCUGCUGAAAACCCUAGAACAGAAGUCUUCAAACUUGGGAGUUGAAGUCCGCAAGUCUUAAAGCUGCCAAGUUUGAAGACCUCUGACCUAGAAGAUUAAAAGCAGGGGCCAGCAGAGGUUGCCUAAAAAUUAUUUUAGAUUCCCCCCCCCACCUUUAACCCUUUUCCUUCCCCCCCACAAACCUGUGGCUUAGCCUCCAUUGGCUUCUGUGUUCUGUUCUCUUGAAGAUGGUAGGACAUGGCUGGCCCAUUCUUCGGGACGCUCCUUAAUCGAGCGGUGUGGCAGCUGGCUUCCGUGGCCUGUGGCCUAAAGAGGUGGACGCCACGUGUUUCUCUCAGCUCAGUGGACAGGAAGAGGCAGGAGGGAAUUCUGCCCAGCUCCUUAACCUGUAGAGGUGGUCCUCCUUGACCUCCACGGUGGAGAAGUUGGAUUUGAUCAAGGAGGAAGGAGGGCAGGUCCUGCUCUGUUUCUCUUCCCUGCCAUUUCUCCUUGGGCUUCUCAGUCAUUUGAUGCCAUCAUUCAGACCAGGUAGCAGCUGUCCGUCAUUUGUUCCCUUUCAUGCUGUGAAUGUAAACCCACUAGGGAAUUCUCCACACAGGCAGAGCCCUGAAAUGUAUGUAGCAGCUUGUGCAGGAAAAACUUCCUUGUGACCUCUCUCUUUCUCUCUCGCGCGCGUGUCUAAGGACUUUCUCUCUUCCUUCAUCCCUCCCCCCAUUUUUUUUCUUUUCUUCCUAAGCGCAAAAUGAAAUAUAGGAGGAAAAAACGUAUCCUAGGUCUGUUUGCUGUCACUUAGAUUCCGCUGGUUAGCCUUAGCCACGAUUGGGUGCAGGAGGGAGAGAGAGGAAAGAGCCGAAGGCUUGCCCAAAGCGUUGAGAUACGUGGGAACGGAUCCCUUCCUAGAGCUGCAAGGUUCUUCGCGGGUUUCCCUCCUCUCAUCGUGGUUAAGUUUUCUUCUCCCGAGUAGAGUUUGAUCCCAGCAAAUCCUCUUCCAUCCUAAAUAAAGGAAGCGGAGCGAGAUGUGUGUGUUACUGACAGCUCAAAGGGGGCCCAGCUGUGAUCAUAGACAGGUCCUCCAGCUCUCCUUCCUGAGCCCCUCUACUGGAUCUCCCAGGAAGAACGCCACCGCUUGGAGAACGUGGCCACCUCUCCUCUCCUCUCUCCUCACGUGGCGUGAGAAGAUCAACCCCAUCUAACCCCUCUGUGAUUCGAGUCCCAGACCACCUAGCUAAGCUAGCUUUCAGGCAUUCAACCCAACACUCGGGCUUCCAAGCUUGAAGUUCCUUCUUGGGGAAUCCAGGAGAGAGCCAGCUAACCCUGUAAAGCUGUUUAUCUCGUCCAAACAGCUUCUUUCUACUAUAGGGGAGAUUGGGGGAGUGUCACAUUUUAAAACUCUGAAAUAUUAUGAUUUCAGUUUUGUUUUGUUUUUUGUUGGACCUAUUUUCAGGGAUCAUUUCAAUGCAUUUCUGUAUAAAGUCUUUUUUCUUCUUCUUUUUUUUAAAGAAAACCCAUGGAGGUGUGUGUGUGGUUGGGGUUAAAAUGAAAUUUUGAAGUUUGAAACAGAC